AUGAAAGAGCUGGAGACAUGUCAAAGCAGCAUCCAGAAUAUCGAGAAAAACGCAAACACGGCGAGAAGUGUGGCAGGUGCCGCUGCUUUUAUGGGAAAGGUCGCUGAAAAGAUCCCAGAGGAGAUGGUUGGAGAGGAGAUGGUUGGAGAGGAGAUGUUUGGAGAGGAGAUGGCCGAAGACGAAGACGACAUUUUGUCUGCGCUGACUUUUUUCAUCAAUAUUUUUGCCCCCGUCGCCCGCUUCACUGUCGGGAUGGUCCAGAAGAUCCAAACGCAGAAACGUCACCAAGCGAUGGUGUCUCUGGUGGUAGAAUUGAAGAAAAUAUUUGGUGAAGGAUGUGAUGAUGAGGUGAAGAAAGCAGGAAGUGAUGAAGGAUGA